AUGUCCGCUCUUCGUGCGGCCCAGUCAGAGGUGUUUGAGCUUCACCGGAGCAGUUCGUUUCAACAGCCACGCUCCAUGAAGCACAGGCACGCGUCUGAAGAGGACGAUGGGUCUGGCGACAAUACCGAAGCUUCCCAGGACCCGGCCGACUUUGAGGAGGAAGAAGAAGUCGACGAGUCAGUUCGGGAGGAUAUGAAGAAGCUGGAGGACACUUUCCCGGGAAUCUCAGAUCGGUUUCGCCUGAUCAAUCGGAUCGGAGAAGGCACCUUCUCCACGGUGUAUAAAGCAGAAGACCUGCUGUAUGAUCACUACAUGAACGACUGGGAUAUCUUUGACCAGGCCCAACACGACACCUGGGCCAGCCCUCCCUCCAAACGGCGGCGCGUUGAGGGCGAAUCGGUGGGGCGGAAGAAGGCGCGCUUCGUGGCGUUGAAGAAGAUCUAUGUCACAAGCAGCCCGAUCCGCAUUCAGAACGAACUCGAGCUGCUCCAUGAUCUGCGAGGGUGUAAAUCGGUGUGCCCUCUCAUCACGGCGUUCCGGUAUCAGGACCAGGUCGUCGCGGUGCUGCCCUUCUUUCCACAUACCGACUUUCGCAUUCAGUACCGCACCUUUAUGGUUGCGGACAUGCGCCAUUAUCUGCGAUCACUGUUGACUGCGCUGCAAUCAGUCCACGAGCACAGUAUCCUCCACCGGGACAUCAAGCCUACCAACUUCCUCUAUAAUCCGGAUUUGAAAGAAGGGGUCCUGGUUGAUUUUGGCCUGGCAGAACGCCAAGGAUCCGAGUAUACCAGUCCAUGUCUCUGCGCGCACCCAACCUAUGUUCGUCGAAGCCGAAUCCUUUCCAGCUACUAUUCCAAGAACCCCCCGCCCAAUGGGUUAUCAGCUGGUCACCCCAAAGCCGACUCUAGGCCAUCGAGGCGCGCGAACCGUGCCGGCACUCGUGGCUUUCGAGCACCGGAGGUUCUUUUCAAAUGUACUUCACAGACCACAAAGAUUGACCUGUGGUCUGUCGGCGUCAUUCUCCUCACCUUGCUUGGACGCCGGUUCCCCUUCUUCAAUUCCGCGGAUGACAUCGAUGCGAUGAUUGAAAUGUCCAGUAUCUUCGGAACGCGCCGCAUGAAGACAGCGGCGGCCUUGCACGGGCAGAUAUUCGAGACGAACAUCCCGACUAUUGGAGAGAAAGGGUACAGCUGGGAGAAAUUGGUGAAGUGGUCGAGCUGUGUGGAGGACUUGACUGAAAGCGAGCAACAAGCAACGCGCCUUUUGUCCGGUUUGAUGGAGCUGGAUCCCUCCAAGCGCCUGAGUGCUGCAGAGGCCCUGCAGCAUGAAUUCUUCCUUAACCCUAUCCUUCAUGAUGUCGAAUGGGGAGGCCACCCCGACGAUGAAAGUGCGGAUUCUGCCGAAGAGGAUGGCGGAGGCGAAGACGAGGAAGUAGACGAGGUCGCCAUGGUAUGA